AUGACUGGUCUGAAUGCACUUAUCUUGGGUGCCACUGGGGCGACAGGCAAGCAUCUGCUGCAGGAGCUGCUUGCGUCGCCUCAAUACGCCAACGUGUCGGAGUACGGCCGGAGAGUGACGCCUGCUGAGCGGAUCACUGCCGGGAAGGGCAAGCUAGAGCAGAAGGUCAUCGACUUUGAGAAAUUAGACGAGGCGGAGCUCAAGGACAAGAGGUGGGACGUCGUCUUCAUUACACUUGGGACGACCCACAAGCAAGCGGGAAGCGCCGCUGCAUUUGAAAAGAUCGACAGAGAAUAUGUCGUCAAUGCAGCCCGUGCCGCUAAAUCGGACGACCCGAACCACCCGCAGCGGCUUCUCUACCUUUCGUCCAUUGGAGCCGACCCCGCCGCAUCGUCACUGUAUCCAAAGAGCAAGGGUCUCACAGAGCGGGAGCUCGCCAAGCUUGGAUACAACGACACCGUUAUCUUCCGUCCCGCCGUUCUCGGCACCGAACGAGAGGAUUCCCGCCCCUUGGAACACGUCGCACAGGGGGUCUCCCGCCUCCUUUCGACGUUCUCAUCGAGGAUCUAUAUGCCUGUUCCUACGCUCGCGAAGGUGAUGCGGGACGUCGGUGCAGUUGGCUCGGCAAAGUUGCCCUCUGGUACCGUCCAGCAGAUGGGGGAUUCAGCGACUCCCUUCUCCUGCCUCAACAACAGCGCCAUCCUUGCUAUUGCGGACUCGUUCUCAUAG